AUGGCUACAGAAAAGAAAGAGAAGAAGCGGAAAGCCGCUGCAAGCUCCGGCGCAGUCGACCUUGAUACCCCCUCCAAGAAGUCCAAGAAAUCGUCCGUGAAGCCUGUCAAAGCUGCGACAGAGUCAAGAACCAGAGUUCCAAAAAGUGGCAAAGCUUCAGACGACGUCAAUGGGUCAGUCUCAAAGUCCCUCAAGGUAGACAGCACUCCCACCAGGGAUAUCAAGCCACGAAAACGGGCAGCCGAUUUCCUCAGUGAUGAUGAGGCGGAUGCUACAAAGUUAUCUAAAAAAGGCACAAAAAGCUCCAAAAAAGUCACUGACGAAAUUGUGAAGCCUGUUAAAAAGAAGGCUAAGGAAGAGUCUGCAUCUACAUCUCUAGUAACCAGCAAAAAACCAUCAUCAAAAGACAAAAAAGUGAAGGAAUCCAAAGAACUAGCAAAGGCAGUAGUCGAAACUUCCCCCGAAGAAGAUGAACAAGAAGACGAAGGUGAUGAUGCUGAAUUCCUCCGAGGUUUCGAGAGUAGUGGAGAGGAGGAUGCUUCUGGAGAUGAAGGAUUCGCCCAUGGUCAGGAAGUCCCGCAGAUUCCAGACUCAAAGCAAGUCAAGAGGAAAAUACGCAGUAUGAAGAAGCAUCAUCCUGAUGAAAAGGAUGAACCCGGCGUUGUGUAUCUAGGGCGAAUCCCUCAUGGAUUCUACGAACAUGAAAUGCGUGCCUACUUCUCGCAAUUUGGCGAUAUCACCCGUUUGAGGAUGGCGCGCAACCGCACCACCGGUCGCUCUAAACACUACGCAUUUAUCGAAUUCUCCUCUGUGGCUGUUGCCAAGAUUGUGGCAGACACUAUGCACAACUAUUUGAUGUUUGGACACAUUUUGAAAUGUGAAUAUAGGCCCCAGGAUUCAGUUCAUCCGGAAAUCUGGAAGGGGGCAAAUAGAAGAUUCAAAAAGGUUCCCUGGAACCAAAUUGAAAAGCAGCAGUUGGAUGCUGGGAAGACUCGGGAACAAUGGGCAAAGAAAAUCGGGAAAGAAGAGUCUAAAAGAGCUGCGAAGGCUGAAAAGAUGAAGGCUUUGGGGUACGAAAUGGACCUCCCAAAGCUAACAAGUGUGGAUGUUGUUCCUGUUCAAAAGACCCUGGCCGAGGCUGAAGAACCGGCCAUCCAGAACAUCGCCGAUGAAACUCCGAAAGCACUUGAAGCUCCGCCAAAGAAAGGAAAGGAAGAAGUUCCUAUUAAGGAAAAGUCUAAGUCAUCAGGCAAAAAAGCAAAAAAGACCAAGGACUCCGCGGAAUCAAGUACAAAGACCCUAGCCAAGGCUGAGGAGCCAGCCAUCCAGAACAUCGCCGAUGAAACUCCAAAAGCACUUGAAGUUCCGCCAGAGAACGGAGAAAAGGAAGUUUAUGUCAAGGAAAAGCCUAAGUCAUCAAGCAAGAAAGGGAAAAAAACCAAGGACGCCGCGGAAUCAAGCGCAAAGACCGCUGACGUCCCAAAGGAGGAAAACGCAGCCUUGGAGAAACCGGCAAAGUUGAAAAAGGGCGAUUCUGAUAAGAAGUCUGCAACGAGUAAAGAGGGGAAAGUAGAGAAGAAAUCCAAGGCCAAAACUCCAGCAACCGUAAAGGAUGAUUCUGCAGCUCCUUCUAAAGAACCUAAGGCAAAGGAAUCGAAAGAAAAGGAGCCAAAAAGGAAGGUGAAUAAAGGGGAAUCCGGAGAAAAGAAGAAAAAGAAGGCCAAGGCAUAA